AUCACUCUGGAUUCAUUUUUCCUUUUCCUCUGUUUUCUAUUAACACCAAACGACAUGGAGACAAAAACGGUGAAGCUGUGACGUCCUUUGAGCUGUUUGCGCCGCAGCGUCAGAGAGACGCACACCCAGCAGGAUCCGGGUGAGACUCCUGCUGCUGUUUGACAAAGGCCCGCAGCUUCCUCACGCUUUCACAUGGGAGAAUAAGAACAAGCAAACAGGCCUAGGGUUGAUGUCAGUGAAGGAGCUUUCCUGCUAUCGAUGGAGACCCUGCCAAUCGGUUGGCACGUGCACACCUGCGGCCAGGAGGGCGAUGGGAUCCAGCUGCUGAAGGAGGGAGCAGCUGACGCCAUCAGCAACACUCAGGUUCACGAUCUGUUCCAUGAAGAUGCGCAGGGUUUCCACCAGCCCAGCCAGCCAUGGUGGAGGAUCAAGCUGUUUGUGUGGGAACCCGUGCUUUUUGGGACCUGGGAUGGCGUUUUCACCACCUGCAUGAUCAAUAUCUUCGGGGUGGUUUUAUUCCUACGCACUGGAUAUCUGGUGGGAAACACCGGCGUGCUGUUGGGGUUGCUCCUCGUCUCCGUGGUGGUUUUGGUUGCCAUUGUGACGGUAAUGUCUGGGAUCGGAGUCGGGGAGCACUGUGGUUUUGGGAGCGGAGGAAUCUACUCCAUGAUCUCCACCGUCUUAGGCGGCCGGGUGGGCGGCACUGUUGGCCUCCUCUACGUGUUUGGACAGUGUGUUGCAGGGGCCAUGUACAUCACAGGCUUCUCUGAGUCGGUGGCGGAGCUGCUGGGUUUGCAGAGCCAGUGGGCGGUGCGCUGCAUGUCUGCAGCUGUCCUCCUAGCAUUGCUUGGAAUUAACCUGGCAGGUGUGAAGUGGAUUGUCAGACUCCAGCUCCUGCUGCUGGCUGUGCUGGCUGUCUCCACUCUGGACUUUGUUAUUGGCACCUUCACACACCUUGAUCCAGAGCACGGUUUCAUUGGUUACUCAGCCGAGCUUCUCAGCAAUAACAGCGGACCAGAUUAUAGCCCAGGAGAAAACUUUUUCACCGUUUUCGGAGUCUUCUUUCCUGCUGCUACAGGGGUCAUGGCAGGAUUCAACAUGAGCUCAGACCUGCAGCGGCCGGAGACCAGCAUCCCCGUGGGAACCCUGGCAGCUGUUUUUACUUCGUGGUUCCUGUAUCUGGUCUUUGUCUUCCUCCUGGGGGCCAUCUGCACCAGAGAAGCUCUGCGCUUUGACUUCUUGAUAGCAGAGAAGGUCUCCUUGGUGGGUUUCCUCUUUCUGCUGGGUCUUUACAUCUCCUCUCUAGCUUCCUGCAUGGGAGGCUUGUACGGAGCACCCAGGAUCCUCCAGUGCAUCGCGCAGGAAAGGGUCAUCCCCUCACUGGCCUUCCUAGGAAGAGGGAAAGGCCCAAACCGGACCCCCGUGGCGGCCAUCUGUCUGACCAGCAUACUGACCUUAGCCUUCAUUUUCAUUGGUCAGGUCAACGUCUUGGCACCAAUCGUCACCAUUAAUUUCAUGCUCACCUACAGCUUCAUUGACUACUCCUAUUUCUGCGUGGCCAUGACCUUCCAGCUUCAGAUUAAACGGAAGACGCUCAUUUCAGGAAGCAGAAGCAGGCGCAGCUCGACCAAGCAAAGUGCCAGGCCCCUGAUUGAAUCUCCUCCCUGUAACUAUGGGAGCGGAGGCGAGAGCCCGCAGGGGAAAGGCACCCUGCUGGAGUUCAACAGAGAUAUGGACCAGAUCUUUCCAUCCGUCUCCAAACUUAAUCCUGGACCAGAGAAUACACUAGUGAAGCAGGAGGUGUGCAGCAGAUCUCAUAGUAGGAAGGCUGCCACCAAGCAGAGGCUGAUGGACAGCUUUGGUCUGGAUCUGAACAGCAACGUGUUUUCAGAUGAGAAAGAUGGAGAGCAAAGCUCCGCUCCUUCAGAGGAAGAAAACAAGGAACCCAGUGGAGACGACGUGUUCAGGCCUGCAGAUCAAUCUGAAGUCAGAUGUCCCACAGAUAUGCAUAUUCAUCCACUGAAGCUCACUCUCAACAUGAAGCAGUUUGAAAUCCAACCCAUGCGGGAUGCUUUUUACACCAAGUUGUGUAACCACUGGAUGGCUCUAAUUGGGGCAAUGAGUUCCAUAUUAAUUAUGUUCAUCAUUCAGUGGGUUUAUGCUUUAGCAAACAUCCUGGUUGCAUUGCUGCUCUUCUUCUACAUCGGGAAAACAAGUCCCGGUCUUCCUACAGGUAUCGCAGCUCAGUUCAGCUUUUUCAGAUGGAUGAAGUCAGUUCUCAGCCGCCUCUGCAGGAAGAGAGGGUCUCCUCGGGAUGAGAUAGUAGUGACUCCAUCUUUGUCAAGAAUUGGACUCAAAACCAAGCAGCUGACUGAGGAAAACACCGACUUUGCUUCACGCCACCGUUUUCACCAAUCUUCGUUCAUCCAAUCCGACACGGUGGUGCAACCAUCGUGCAAGUGACACAAGUCAUCGGCUGAAAACCUCAAACCACAAAGUGUACCUCAUGCUGCUGCGCUCUGCGCAUGUUUCCUAUGUAGAAAAGACUUUCACCGGCUGAGCUUGUGUUCUGGGGAUUUUUCAAGAAAAGCUGAGCUUUUCUUAGAACUCUGCAAAAGAAAAGACUUUUUGAGGGACAAAAAAAAUACUUGGGUGCUAAACAUCACAUUUAGUUUGAUUUGUAACUAAGUUAAGAAAUCAAUUUAUUUUGUUACAAUUUUUGUUUUUUGAUUUUCCCCACAAUCAUCUUUUGUAUUACAAUGAAUAUUUCACAAA